AUGGAUGUGAAUAAAUCAACAGACAAAAAGAGGAUCUCAUAUGCUGAUGGUUCAUUCAAUAAGAUGCGUUUUUAUGACAAAAACUCUCCUUCUUACGAUUAAAAUUAGUCUUCGUAAAAUUCUAUUACCUCUUCGUUCAUGCAGGAGAAUACUCCAGUAGUUAAUGAUCAAUUUCUCAGACCAGAUUAUUACUCUAGAACAUAAUCACUGAGACAUAACAUAGGAAAUACAAGCCCUAGCAGAGUUAGCAGUAGAAUGAGUACUUAAAAAUUUUUGAUGGACCGGGAUUUCGAGGUGUUUUAAUAACCAUAAUAAGAGUAAUCGCCAUUGCAAGAAAUAGUUGAGGAUGAUUAGCAGAUAGUAAGAUUAGUAUAUCCACAAAUUCAAGAGCCACCUAAAUUUAAAAUCUAACAGAGUGGAAUCUUAUCAUAAAAUGCUUAAUCAAGGAAUGAGAGGAUUUCUGAAAGAGUAAGAUCUGCAACAAAGCGAAAUCUUGAUGAUGAGUAGUCUCAUAGAAUGCAAAGAUAGAGCUAGCUUAAUGCUUCAAAUUCCUAACUUAGAAUGGAAAACUCAAUUUAAGAAAACUUUACUUUGGCUUUUGAUGAGGAAGAGUUGGAUUAAUAAGAGCCAGAGUAUAUCAUUAUAAUAGAUGCUGAGCCAACUUUGCCUAAGUAUAUGAUGAGACAUAACGGUAAACUUAGAAUGAGAUGGGAUUUAAUAAUCAUAUUACUAACUUUGUAUAACUGCCUUGCAAUUCCUUUUAAUGUUGCAUUUCAAGAUAAGUUAGAUGACGAUACAGUUCUUAAUCAAGUAAUCGAUCAUAUAAUAGAUUCUAUAUUCUUCUUUGAUCUAAUCUUUAAUUUUCGUACCACUUAUGUAAAUGCAAAAACUACUCUUGAGAUUACUGAGCCUAGAGAGAUUGCAAUAAAUUAUGCCUUUCGUGGCAGAUUUUUUGUAGAUUUACUUUCAGUGAUACCAUUUGAACUUUUUAUUUCAGAAGAUGUAAUAGAAUAAGCAGGUGGCAAUAAAAAGCAAUUUAAGCUAUUUGGAUUAUUGAAGUUGAUUAGAUUACUUAGAUUAGGCAGAAUUAUAACUUACAUGAAAUUUAAAUAGGGAUUAAAAGUAGGAAUCAGAAUAGUUCAGGUACUGUUUUUAUUCUUCAUUGUGGUACAUUGGAUUUGCUGUCUUUGGUACCUUAUUAUUAGUAUGGACAAAGAAUGGGUUCCCAAUUUUGGAGCUCAAGAUCUUUAUGGGACUGAUGAAUUUUUCAAUUAUAGACUCUGGUAUCAAUAUUCAGUUGUCUAUUAUUAUGCUAUACUACUUCUAGUUGGUAGCGAUAUUUUGCCAAUGAGUGAUUAUUAAUACAUUUUUGGAGCUGCUGUUGUGAUUAUGGGUAAUAUUUUAAUUGCCUUUUUAUUUGGAAAUAUGGCAGCUCUAAUGGCUUAAGUAAAUAAAAAAGAUAAUCAUCUGCAAGAGCAAUUAGAUAAUGUCUCAUCAGUCAUGAGAUCAAUCAAAUUGCCCAAGAGAAUGUAGAUAGAUAUUAUGAGAUACUAUUAAUAUGUUAAUGAUACUCCAGACUUAAUGUAAGAUCUUGAUAAAUUUUUCUCAAUGUUAUCUCCUUCUCUUUAGCAUUAGAUCUAACUGUAAAUAAACAAUGCUUUGGUAAAGAAAAUAGUAUUUUAUGAUAAACUCUCAAUGAUUGAGAUUUCUUUUCUUUGCAAAAAUUUAAAGAUGCUAUUAUAUCUUCCGAAUGAUGUUGUUAUAUAUCAGGGUGAAGAACCCGACAAUCUUUAUUUCAUAAACAAGGGAUCUGUUUAAGUCCUAAUGAAAAAAUAUGAUUUUUCAAAAUAGAAGUUGAAGAAUAAUCAAAGUACGAUAACUUAAGUCUUUAGUAAAAAAUUUAAAAAACAUAGUUUUGUUUCUUAAAAUUCAAGACUUUCAUUUGGUGCUCAAUCAAGUAGAUUAUCCGAUCAUAAUUCUGCAAGUAAAAAGGAAAACGAUGAAUUUUCUGAUCAUCAAUCAGAAAAUGACAUGGCUAAUAAUAGUAACAGUAAGCAUAAUGAAUCCUCGAUAUCUCUAUCACUCUCUGCUCACGAAGAGGAAUUUGAUUCUAAUUAAAAUAACUAAACUUUUAAUGAUAGUUAAAGAUAAGAAAAUACAAGUAAUCAAGGUGAUGUACAGACUAAAAAAGUAAAGAAAAAGAAAAAAGAUAGGAAAAAAAUUAAAAAGGAGGAAAAAUAUUCUCAUACCUUCAUAAUUGGAAAUUUAGAAGUGGGAUAAUACUUUGGAGAAGUAGGUAUCAUUACAAAUUUGAAAAGAACUGCUACGAUAAAGUCCUUAGACUUUAGUACGCUGAGUUACAUUUCUAGAGAAAAAUUCUAGCCAGCAAAAGAAAAUUAUCCUUCAAUAUUCAACGCCUUUAAAUAAAGAAUAGCAAAUUACACUGAUUUUGAUUUUUCAUUCAGGAAGAAAAUGAUAAAGAAUAUACCUUAUUUUCAUACAAUUGAUGAUCAAUGUGCUGUUGAAAUAGCCUAUCUAUUAAAGCCAAAGAGGUAUGAAAUAGGAACCGAAAUUAUAAAGAGAGGGGAUAAAGUUGAGAAUAUAAUGCUUCUAAAAACGGGGGAGAUUGAGGUUUUAGUACCAAAUACUUCCAACAAAGAUGAACUUAUCUACUUAGAUUCAUUGAAUGAGGGAAGUUGCUUUUGCAUAUAUGCUCCAUUUAGUGAAGUUAUGCAUUAAUUAGUGAAUUUCAGGGCAAGAACUACAUGCAUUGUAGAGAGUAUAAAUAUCAAAGAACUUAGGACCUUAGAGAAAAGUCAUAUCCAUCUCUCAGAUAUAUUCAGAUAAUUGUAAAUAGAAAUAGAGAAUAAUGAGAAAACUGACUUAGAUUUUUUUAGGUAUCGCCCUCCGAGAGAUAAACCAAUGCCUGAAAAUAUUAAACUUAUGAUCAGAAAAAAAUUUCGUCAUUCUAUCCUUUCAUUUAUUCGAUAAUAUAAAGCAGGACAGGCUAGGAAUCUACCUGCAUUAAAUGCAUUAAAACAAUUUUAGGACGAUAGAUAAAUGUUGAAGAUGAACUUAACAAGUAUUUCUGAGAAUAAAGUACCUGCUAAAAGAAAAUAAAUGGAGACAAGUAAGAACAAAAUUGAUAUUAGUGGGUUUGGAAAUACUAUGAAAAAUAAAAAUCUAAGUCAAAAUUUAAAUUUAAACGAAAGAAUAGUUCUUAAGCAUUCAGAGACUCAUAAUGUGUUCGUUGAAGACGAUAGUUUUAGCAGCUAAUUAAAUGAAUUAAAUAGAAUUAACUUCCAUUAGCCAAAGAAUUCAUAUAUCUCUGAAUUUACCGAAGAUCCAAUGACCCCUAUCACACCUAUUACAAGAAAUCAAAAAGAUUCAAUUAAUUAUUCAUUUUCUGAGCAUUAUGGCUAUCAAUAUCGGAAAUUAUCAUAAUAGAUAAACUAUGAUGAAAAUUAGGAUGAAGUUAAAUUAAGUCCAAAUUUUCCAUUUUUAGACCCUUCUCCAAAGAAAAGAUAGAUGUUGUAUGUUUAUCCUUAGCCAGUAAUAUAACCAUUAAAAGCUUAAAGAAUUCCUUAGACUGAAUUAUUUGACUCAAAAAUGAGAUAGCUAUCUGAAAGGAUAUUGAAGUAAAGUGAAACAAUAUACUUAGUCGAUUAAAAUGUAAACAAGAAUUUCAGAUAAAUGGAUUAAAAGAUUGAUUAACUAAAGUUUUAAAUAAUGAUUCAAAAUUAAUCCAAUGAUAUCAUGAUAAAAGAAAGACUCAAAAGACUUAAUCAAUAUAGAGAUACCAAGAUUCGCUCAAUUUAGACAGCUUACAACAAAUAGAAGUAUAUUCAAUUAAGAGAUGAAAGCAUAGAAAAAUCUAAGAAAAAGGAACCUAAAUAUUAAGAAUUUAUUGAAUAGUAGAAUUAAUAAAGAUCGUAGUCAAAUUAGAGAAAAUAGUCUAAAAAGAAAAAGAAAAAGCAAAAGAAUAUUGAAUAACCUUAAGAAAAAUCUUCACCAAGUCCAUAGAAGAAGGACAGAUAAUUUUAAAAGAUAAAUAAAGUAGAGUAUACUCCUAAAUUGCCUGUAUAUAAUGGUAGAAAUAUUGAAUAAAUAAGCAUUAAGUAUUAGCCAGAAAAUAUAAUAAAGCUAAGAGUUGAUAGGAGAGAAAAUAAUAGCAAAGAAAAUUUAAGAUCCAAAAGUGAACAAAAAUCUACUUCAGACCUAUAAGAUUCCUAUAAGAGAGACAAGUAUAAUAGAUGA